GGCUGGUCAGGUGACAGGCUGCAGGUCAUGUGACAGACAAAGUCCAGCUAGCAACAUGUCUGCAGCAGAGGGAUCAUAUUUCUGGCUGGGGAAGGAGACGCUGAAGGUGCCGGCCGCCCUCUUCGCCUUGAACAGAAAGCGGCUCUGCGACAGGCUGCGCAGCAACUCCCAAGUCGCCAAAGAUGCCGUCGUGCUCCUGCAAGGGGGAGAGGAGGCCAACCGAUACUGUACCGACACCGGCGUCCUCUUCCACCAGGAGUCGUUCUUUCACUGGACGUUCGGAGUGUCGGAGGCGGGCUGCUACGGCGCCAUCGACGUGCACACGGGGAGGUCCAUCCUCUUCGUGCCCAAACUGCCGGAGAGCUACGCCGUGUGGAUGGGGAAGAUUCACCCUCGGGAGCACUUUAAGGAGAAGUAUGCUGUGGAUGAGGUCCACUACACCUGUGAUAUUGCAAAAGUCCUCACUGCAAAGAACCCGUCGGUGCUGCUCACUCUGCGCGGGGUUAAUACGGACAGCGGCAGCGUUUGCAGGGAGGCUUCGUUUGAAGGAAUAAGCCAAUUCAGCGUGAACAACGCCUUGCUGCACCCGGAAAUCGUGGAAUGCCGCGUCUUCAAGACGGACAUGGAGCUGGAGGUUCUGCGCUACACGAACAGAAUUUCCAGUGAAGCCCAUAAAGAGGUCAUGAAGACAGCCAAAGUGGGAAUGAAGGAGUACGAGCUGGAGAGCGUGUUUCUGCACUAUUGCUACACCCGCGGAGGAAUGCGGCACACAUCGUACACCUGCAUCUGCGGCACCGGUGACAACUCUUCCAUCCUUCACUAUGGACACGCCGGAGCUCCCAAUGACAAGUCCAUUGAAGACGGCGACAUGUGCACAGCCGCCAGGAAUAACAUGACUCAAGCCAGCCUCUCAGUCCAGGAAGUAGAUGGUGAACCUGGAAUAUCCAAAGAUGGCAUUGUCCUUGUGGAGAGAAGAGCAGAUGAAGGCAUUGUCAGGGGAGGCGGCAUUGUCUUCCUUCCCGAGUCGCUUUACACAGUAAGUGAGAGCCAUCUACUGCACGGACUCGGCAAGUGUCCUCCGGACAAAGAGAAGAGCACAAAGCAAGCCGGCACAAUUGGUCCCUCCAUAUUGCUGCUGGUCGGCCAUCGGCAAGCAAAAGGAGACUUAGUUGUCUUUGGCCAGGCCACUUGGAAUGCCCAAGAAGGAGAACACAAAGCGCACCGGCAUGAUGGGUUCCGGUAUAUUGCUGCUGGUGGCCAUAGGCAAGCAAAAGGGGACUUGGUUGUCUGUGGCCAGGCCAUUUGGAGUGCCCAAGAAGGAGAACACAAAGCACACCGGCAUUAA